AUGGAUCAAAGAAUUGAUCCUGAGAGUAAUCAGGUUUCUGAAAUAUUUCUUGGAGGUGUUGAUGCAUUUAUUCAAUUUGCGUGUAAUCAAGAAGAUUACAAAGAAAGAGAAACUUUGUUGUGUCCGUGUGCUCGAUGCAAAAAUGUGAAGCAACGUGAAGCAAGAGUUGUCGCACGACAUCUAUUCUUGUACGGUUUCAAGGGAAAUUAUUAUUUUUGGACGAGUCAUGGAGAGAAAUUCAACGAUGUUGGUGAGAGUUCCGGGGCGAAUCAUUCGACGGGUGAAGAAGAAAUGUUAGAGACUCCUAUUUGGAAUGCUUAUGAAGAUCACCAGCAGAAUAUUCCAGAGGUACCCGCAGACAUUGCGCCAGCUUACAUGCCGGAAGCUAUAGAAGAGACAGACAUAGCACAACCCUAUCAUGAUAGUGUUUUUGAAGCAUUUGAAGCAGCGACUCAACCUCUCUACGAAGGAUGUGCAGAAGGAAUUUCUCAGUUGUCUCUUGCUUCGCGGAUGAUGAAAGUGAAGACAGAUUAUAAUCUACCAGAAGCUUGUGUUCGCUUGGUUUACCCUUACAGAAGAUUGUCGUAUGUGUGA